AGGCCGAGACAGAGAAAAGCAUGUAAAGAGAAUCUAAAUUAAUUAUUAUACGAUCGAUAAAAUCAUCUUGAACUGUGUGACCUAAUCUCGAAAUUUAAUAUCUGUUCAUUUAUCGAUCGUGAUAAAUCGAAUGACACUAUUUUUAAUCAAUUUUAAUUAAUAUACUUAAUAUUUAUGAGCAUUAUCAACACAACACGACGUUCUACAUAGUUCAAUCAUACGUCAUUUGUCUGUAUACGUGUUCAAAGACUUAAUGCGUAUUUACUAAAUUUCUAAUGCUAAUUUAGAGAUCAAAAAUGAUGAAAAUCCCGAAAUUUGUAUCAUCUCGUUCCAUAUGCACGGGAAAUGUUUUUUGGAACAGAUUAACCGAAGAAAUUGAACAAUCAGGAAAAUCCGCAACAGGUAAAAGAUCAACUGUUGAUGUUGGUGAUGUAGAGCAUCAUUCUAAACUAAGCAAUACUUGGUGGGAUGUAAAUGGAGAAAUACGCCCUUUGCACUCAUUAAACCCGCUUAGAGUGCAAUUUAUACGAGAUGGUUUAGCUAAUACAGGCACAAAAGUGGAAACUCCACAUUCGCCUUUGAAUGGAGUUAAAAUCUUGGAUAUUGGAUGUGGAGGAGGAUUGCUUUCAGAACCAUUGGCUAGAAUAGGAGCAGAAGUCACUGGAAUUGAUGCAUCCUCGGAGUUGAUAUCAAUAGCUAAACAACAUGCAUUAUUAGAUUCAGAUUUAGAUGGAAAAUUAAAUUACCUUCACACGACUAUAGAAGAUUUUUGUACACAAAAUAAAGAAAAGUUUAACGCGGUGGUAGCUUCUGAAUUAAUAGAGCAUGUAAAUGAUAAAGAAUUGUUCUUAAAGAGUUGUGUAAGUACAUUAAUGCCUGGUGGUUCAAUAUUUCUCACAACAUUGAACAGAACUUUAUCUUCUUGGCUUGGAGGCAUUAUUGCUGCUGAAUACGUGUUGAAAAUAGUACCACAAGGAAUACACAAUUGGAAUAAAUUUAUUACUCCGAUUGAAAUUCAACGUUUAUUAGAAACAUGUGGCUGUAGGACAAAGUUACUUCAUGGAAUAUUUUACAACCCUUUAAAGAAUGAAUGGUUCUGGACGUCGUCUACAGCAAUAAAUUAUGCAAUUCAUGCUGUGAAAAAAUGAGUUGAAUAAGAAAACAUGCAGUUCUUUUAUUACUUAUAGUAGAAUUUUAUACGAUGUACAAAUUAUAUUUGGAGACUUAAUUUAUUUAAGAUUUCUAUACAAGGUUGUGAUGAUAAGUACCAAUUACAAAUUACAGAAUUCUUACUUUUAUUAUUAGGUAAGGGAUGUUAAAAAAUAAGUUUCAACAGUCGUAUUUUAGAUUUUCUCCUUUAUUUCUUUUCAAAUAUAUACAAAAGAAUACACAACACGAAAAAAAUUACUUAUAACUUUAUCCUUUGCAAAUUUUUUGUUCGUUACAGGCAUUGUUACAAUAAAGUAUUUAUUGCUCGUUAACGCUCGCUAAUCGUAUCAUAGUUACUAUAUGGUACUCAUAAGUGGCACAAAAAUGCAAUUUCAAUUAACAUAGAAGUUUAAAACCAAUUUUAGUUGUACUAAAAUAAGUGUACUGGCGGAAUAAGUACACACCAUAGAAUCUUUUCUGAAUUAACGCGUUUAUUUAGCUUGGGCGAAACCGAUACGAUUGUUUCCCAUAUCGAAUUCAGUGUAGUAACGACCAAUGAAUACAUCUCCCAAAAUCCAUAGCGGACCGUUUGGCGGAGGAAUGUCCAUUCCCAUAAAUCCACUCAGGCAAACUGUCUUUCCGAGACUUGUUACCUGUUGAAAAGGCAAGAAGUAUUAAAUUGUCACCGAAUGAAAAAUUAGUUUGAUCGCUUGAUUAUUUGUGAUGCAUUUGAGAUUCUACCUUCAAAACAUAGUCCUCUCCUUUCAGCGAGAAGUCACGCCCGCCGAAGGUAAACGUGAUGUCAGGCAAAUUAGGAAUUAAAUUACAGUCAAUCUGUAAAAAUGAAAUAAUUAUAAACCUACGGUAGAUGUAAAUCUCAUGUAUAAUUACUUGUAUUUACCAUGGCCUCUCCGUUUAUAAUUUGUGUAGCUCCAAUUUUUUUAUUGAUGGCCUUAACUUCGUCAACGGGACCAGCUAUCAAAGAGGUGCCUGUAUCAGCAAUAGCUUCACAGCCAUUUUGGCAUACAGUAACAUCAGAACCCACUGUAACUCUAAAAUGUAAAUUUUAAAUUAUAGACAUUCUUUUAUAGAAACGAUUAUUUACGAAAACGGUCUAGUUUAAGGACAUUUUGCAUAACAUACUUGUCCAUUUUAAAUUGCCAGUAACCCUUACGGUCUACAGGAACAUAGGUGAAGUCACCUACAUAAUGAUCUGGAUCUGAACCACCUAAGAGCAUCUCUCCACCAACUUCGGCUUUAGGAUCUCUGAGUUUAUAAGUUUGUAGAUGUAUUAUUCGAUAUUACCAUGAUAGAGAAUUUGAUUACUGAUUAUUAAAGAAAACUUGUAUACCUGUUCAAGUAGAAACUGAAAAUAGGUUGAGGUACUAAUCCUUGCUUGACCAUAUUAUAGAAAACUGGUGUUACACCAUCCACAGAGAUCUUAGAAUAAGCCAUUCCCAUAAUACCGUCAAACUUAGCAGCAAGGAAAGCUAAACCAGGUUCGCGUAUUGCUUCUGCGAAUGUUUGAUCCAUAACUUUAAUUCCAGCAAUCUGUAAUACGCAAUUAUUAUUCCACGUGUGAAUCAAUAUGCAAAAUUAUUCCUCCCAAUAGGUCGAGAAAUGUAAAUGAUUU